GUGGGGAGGGGGAGUUGGAAAGUUGCAACUUCAGGGCAACGUAGACCGCAUGCUAUGAGAAGGAAUGCGUGUGUCUUUGUAGGCGAGCAAAGGGAUAGAAGAGAGAAGGGGACAGGAGGUGGAGGAACGACGCAAAGAGGGAGGGAUCUCGAGUGCUCUGCAGCGUGGCUUGCUGCACGUCUGAAUGAAAGGACCUCUCUCCUCCCUGCUGUCUGGAUGUAUGCUGUCCGUUCACUGCAAUUAGCGAGCACAUGUCCCGAGAAAACAAAACAGAACCCGUCGUUUAUUUCUAAGACGGAAGACGACUUUUGACUCAAGCAACUUUCAUUUCCUUUUGUGAACGGUUUGCACCUCCUCUAGGAGGCUGGAUUACAUCGUUGCCUUGUGGCUGCUUUCGUAAGGAUUGCCCAGCAUCCAUCAAAUGUUUUAUUUGGAACAAUUUGGCAUGUGAUGGACAUUAGAAUUACAAACUUUUUUGGGGUAAUAGGAUUAAAGAUCAAAGGUUGAACCUGAAACACGGAGGACUUUGGGGGCAACAUCUACACACCACCUGGGCAAAUGCACAGCAGAUUUCCAUCAGAAAGCACUGGACCUGGAUCACUGGAACCACUUUUAAUUUUCUUUUGUUUUACUUUUGGAAUAAUCUGUCGCAUAGGGGUGAUUUAUGGGUGUAUUUCUUACGACUUACCUGAGUGAGCUGUCAGACAAUUUGCAAACAGGCGUGAUGUGAGGUCAGCGUGCGGUUCAGGAACAGCAAUACUUGACAAUCAGUUGUCGAUUGAGCUAACUUCAGUGUUAGCGUUGAAACGUAUAUUCUCUCAUGACACCUGUUCACGUCACAUUUGUGCUUUUGUUUACGUCUAACUUCACAUCACACAUUCAUACGCUAUACUGGCAUACUACUUACUAACAAGUUAAGUCAAGCCCAACUGAACUCAUUGAAAAAAUAAAUAAAAAAAUGACCUUACCAAAAUGCAAAGUGAACCAACAUCACAUCCCGGGAUGGGACUCGCCCCCUCAUCUUCUUCUCACCAUGCUCCUGCUGUUCUCCCAGGUGGGGUGGGGGGGCUGUCAUCCUCAAUGUUUGGAUUACAAACCACCGUUCGAGCCACAGAAGCCACUGCUCUUCUGCAAGGAGUACGCCAAAUUCGGAUGCUGCGGUGAGGAAAAGGAUCAUCAGUUGUCAGUCAGGUUUUACUCCAUCAUGGAGCACUUUGAUCACUCUGGUUUUGUCACCUGUGGAAGGUACAUCCGCAGCAUCCUCUGCCAGGAGUGUUCUCCAUAUGCUGCCCAUCUGUAUGACGCAGAGGAUGCAAACACACCCAUGCGCAUUUUGCCUGGACUCUGUGGCAGCUAUUGCAACGACUACUGGCACCAGUGUAGAUACACGCUGAGUCUCCUCCUGGAGGACAAGGUGGACCCAGGGCAGUAUGCAAACCUGACCGCCACACUUGAGGAAGAUCACAGACGGUUCUGUGAAUUUCUGGAGCUAAAGGACAACCAGUACUGCUACCCUAAUGUCUUGACAAAUGCAGAACUAAAUGCUAAUCUGGGUUUGGUUCAAGAGGACGCCGAAGGCUGUCUAGAGAUUUGCUUGCAGGAAGUUGCAAAUGGGCUCCGGAACCCAGUGGCGAUGGUCCACGCAGAUGAUGGAACACAUCGUUUCUUUGUGGCUGAGCAGCUGGGCUAUGUUUGGGUGUAUCUGCCCAACGGCUCCAGGAUCGAUCGCCCGUUCCUCAACCUCACACACGCUGUCCUGACAUCACCUUGGGCUGGAGACGAGAGAGGAUUCCUGUGCAUAGCCUUGCAUCCAAGGUUCACCUAUGUCAGAAAAGCUUAUGUUUAUUACUCGGUGUCCGUCAAGAAGGAGGAGAAGAUACGCAUCAGCGAGUUCACACUGUCAACACAUGAUGACAACCAACUUGACCACACCUCGGAGAGAACCAUCCUGGAGUUGGUAGAACCAGCAUCCAAUCAUAAUGGGGGCCAGCUAUUGUUCGGCCAUGACGGAUAUUUGUACAUCUUCAUUGGGGAUGGUGGUCGAGCUGGGGACCCCUUUGGAAAAUUUGGCAACUCUCAGAACAAAUCAACCCUCCUUGGCAAGGUGCUACGCGUUGAUAUUAACAACAACGAUGAUGGUGCACCUUACAGCAUCCCUUCAGACAACCCAUUCCUGGACGAGAAGGAGAGCCUCCCAGAGAUUUACGCUUAUGGUGUACGCAACAUGUGGCGUUGCUCGAUUGAUCGUGGAGACCCGAAGACAGGCUUUGGUCGAGGAAGGAUGUUCUGUGGUGAUGUAGGACAGAACAAAUAUGAGGAAAUAGACCUUAUUCUUAAAGGAGGCAAUUAUGGAUGGAGGGCAAAAGAAGGCUUCAGCUGCUAUGACCGCAAACUCUGCCGUAACUCUUCGCUGGAUGACAUCUUGCCUAUCUUUGCCUACCCCCAUAAGUUGGGCAAAUCAGUGACAGGAGGAUACAUCUACAGAGGUUGCCAGAUGCCCAAUCUAAACGGACUCUACAUCUUUGGGGACUUCAUGAGCGGGCGUCUGAUGUCUCUGAAGGAGAAUGUGACAACAGGUGAAUGGGAGUACAAUGAGGUCUGUAUGGGAAGAGGCCAGACCUGCAGGUUCCCCAAACUCAUCAACAGCUACUAUAAAUACAUCAUCUCUUUUGCUGAGGAUGAGGCAGGUGAAUUGUAUUUUCUUGCCUCGGGUGCCCCAAGUGCAACUGCCAGAGCAGGAUUUAUCUAUAAAGUAGUGGAUCCCUCCAGGCGAGCACCACCAGGUAGAUGUAGCAUCAAGCCCUCCCCAGUAAAGAUAAAGGGAAAACUUUUUCACUUCUAUCCCAAAGAAGAAUUAGUAAUCAACAAGAAGCCAACGACCACACCUGUUCCCACAACCAUCACAAGGAAAAUCCCCCCAACCAGAAAAACAACAAGAAAAACUACAACACUGCCACCAACAACGAGAAAAGCCACGCCCUCGCCACCAACACCUGCAACGACAAGAAAAAAAAAAAAGACGGCAACAAUAAGAACAACACCAACAACAAUGGCUCGCACCACCUUGGCAGCCACUGUGGUCAAAGCUACACCCACUGGUUAUCGCACGGCUGUCAACACUGCAGCCUCCUCCUCUCGGAUUCAAACCCCAACUGCCACUUCAACAAGAAGACACAUGAGACCCCCUCAACCCCACCCCACUACCGCUUCCCGACCAUUGAACUUCCCACACCCUCCUCCUCCUCUGUCCACAAAGCAAACCUAUAAGGCUUUUACCACUGCACCUUAUCCUGAGCAUCCAAGGAGGUGGACAACCCCACGACCUCCAUAUUGGAGGCCAAAACCCACAUCCUAUAAUCCCCAGAGACCCCUGAUAAAUACCACUCAGACAAAAACACAGGAGGAGAAGCUUGGGUUAGGAGAGAAGACAGACAACGCAGAGAGGCAGGAAGGUAACCAAGUGAAUAAGAGUCCCAGGGAAGGAGGCAGAGGUUAUGGUUACAAAAGAGUAAGAGGAAAUGGGAGGAUGCAUGUUGGCUCAGUUCGUCUGGUAAGCUCAGAUGGUCUGUCGGACCGAGGCCGAGUUGAGAUCUUUAUCCGUGGGGAGUGGGGGACAGUGUGCGACGACCUUUUCACCACUAAGGCAGGUACGGUAGUGUGUCGACAACUCGGCUUCACAACAGCACUAGCUAUUAUAAAGAGGGCCGGGCUGGGCCAGGCGGAUCGCAGCGUCAGGAUCUACUUGGAUGACGUGGAGUGUGAGGGCAGGGAGAGGUCGCUGCUUGAGUGCAAGCGAUCCAGAGUUGGGAAGCACAACUGUUCGCACGCUGAGGAUGUGGGGGUGAUCUGUGGUUAGCAUGAUUGGGAAACGGGACCAACGGAAAGUACUCUAGAUAUACUACAGGAGUCAAAAAACUGCUUUAAGUUUUAGUAGCUACCAGAUGAAUAUUAUAUACUGUAGGUUAUUACAAAUAAGCCACUUCCUUGAAAGAUUCUUUAGACGUAUGUAUAAGCAAUCCUCAGGCCCUGUGUUGAAAACAGUGGCAGGCUGUCCAUUUGGUACUACCUGGGCCUUCAGCAGGGACUUAAAGGACCUUAAUCCACCUCUCAAUGCCACUACUUCCAGUUCGCAAUUUGAGAAACCAUUAAUACUAUUAAAAAAGAAACUACAACAGCAUGCAACUGUAGCAUGUACACAAUUAGAAGUACUUCACAAUCAAUAUUUAUCGAAUAACAUGACAAAUUACAAAACAUUUAAAGAAAACAUCAUACUCACCAGAGAUGCUGAUCAUCACAUUUAUUAAAUGAGUCCAGACACGUGUUGCAAGUUGAAGAUGGUUGCAGCAAGUUUUGUUCUGACCAUCCAAUCUGAGCACAGGAAAAUCCCAAGAUCAUCGAGGGCCAACUCGAUGCGAGGAUGAACUCAAAAUCUGAUUGACUAAAGAAGCAGUCCCCUUACUACUAUUGUUUAAGUCCAGCACUACUGAUUCUGAAGGCUCUGAGCCAAUCAGAUUUACAUGGCAGCACACAGAGGCUGAAAUCGGAUUGGACAACAAAUUAAAAACCUAUUAUCAUGAACUGACAGCAGUGCAGCCAAGAGAAACACCACUAAAUAAAAACAGUAGACUGUUGGGAAUAAAUUCAUACAAUUUCAUGGAACAAAUAUUUAGUCAGUUCUUAUAGUGCUGAGGCCAGCAGAGACGUACUUGCUGGCCCUAACUGCUCAACACUGGCUGACAAGGGCUCCAAGGGCAUCUUCAUACCGUACUGGUAAUGACUGAUAAAUAUGUUACCAAUAAUUGUCGUAAUUAAUACAAAUUAAUGCAUUCAUUUUAACCAGCAGCUGUGUAUCUGAAGGUAUAGCUUUCAAAUGUCUUCAAAGAUAGGGUAGGAAAAUGCCCACCAAUGGUUUACAGUCAAAUGCUAUCUGGGAUGAUAUAUAUAUAUAUAUAUACAUACACACACACACACACACACACAGUGGGUACGGAAAGUAUUCAGACCCCCUUAAAAUGUUCACUCUUGUUUAUAUUGCAGCCAUUUGCGAAAAUCAUUUAAGUUCAUUUCCCCCCCACAUUAAUGUACACACAGCACCCCAUAUUGACAGAAAAAAAGCAGAAUUGUUGAUUUUUUUGCAGACUCUAAAAAAGAAAAACUGAAAUAUCACACAGCCAUAAGUAUUCAGACCCUUUGCUCAGUAUUUAGUCGAAGCACCCUUUUGAGCUAAUACAGCCAUGAGUCUUUUUGGGAAUGAUGCAACACGUUUUUCACACCGGGAUUUUGGGAUCAUCUCCAGUUCUGUCAGGUUGGAUGGUGAAUGUUGGUGGGCAGCCAUUUUCAGGUCUUUCCAGAGAUGUGCAAUUGGGUUUAAGACAGGGCUCUGGCUGGGCCAUUCAAAAACAGUCACGGAGUUGUUCUGAAGCCACUCCUUCGGUAUUUUAGCUGUGUGCUUAGGGUCAUUGUCUUUUUUGAAGGUGAACCUUUGCCCCAGUCUGACGUUCUGAGCACUCUGGAGAAGUUUUUCGUCCAGGAUAUCCCUGUACUUGGCCACAUUCAUAUUUUCUUCGAUUGCAACCAGUCUCCCUGUCCCUGCAGCUGAAAAACACCCCCACAGCAUGAUGCUGCCACCACCAUGCUUCACUGUUGGACUGUACUGGACAGGUGAUUAGCAGUGCCUGGUUUUCUCCAUACAUGCCACUUAGAAUUAAGGCCAACAAUUUCUAUCCUGGUCUCAUCAGACCAGAGAAUCUUAUUUCUCACAAUCUUGGAGUCC